GUCAAAAUAACCUCAAAGUGUAAACAAUAUAAAAUACAUAAUAAUUCAAAUUUUAAAUGUGAAAAUAGCCAAGUAAAAUAUUUAAAUACAUACCAUAGGUACUUUUAAGCUUUAACGAUUUAACCGAUUUUUCGUUUUGUUUAAAAAUAGCAAUGAAGAAAAGACCUUGGGCAAAGAAAAAACCAGAAAGUGACGAUGAUGAUUCUGUGGAUUUUGAUGCUGAAGAUUCAGGAAGUGAAUAUGAUGAAAAUGAAAAAAUACUCCUAGAAAAAACAAGACAAGAAUUUGCUAGAGGCGGAGAAGUAACUGAUGAGGACAGUGAAGAAGAAGUUUUUCCACUUCGUACUAAAUUAGAUAAAUAUGAAGAUAGUGAAGAAGAAGAUGAAGAAGAAGAGGAAGACGAUGAUGAAAAUGAAAUUCAUAAACAAAAUUCUGAUUCAGAUUCGGAUGAAAGACAUUUGAGCGAUAGUGACAUAGAAGGCGCAGUUGAAAGUGGUUCCGAUGAUUUGCCUAAUGAUAAAGCUUGGGGUCAAUUACGAAAGUCAUUUUACAAUACAGAUUACUUAGACAAAGAUCAUGGAGGUUUCGAGGGUGAAGAAGAUGAAGAAACGGCAAAAAUGGAAGAAGAAGAAGCACGAAAAAUCCAUCAGAGAAUGAUGUCAGAGUUGGAAAAUGUCGAUCUCAACAACGAAUUAUUUGGGAGUACUAAAAAUGUUGAAAAUGUAAAAGAGGGUGCUGACAAAAGUGAUAUUACACAAAUGGAAAAAAUUAAAAAAGAUCUUAGCUCUAUGAGUGAUCGCGAAAAACGAAAAUUGUUAUUAAAAGAAUCACCAGAAAUUUUUGGACUGAUUAAAGAUUUUAAAGAUCACAUGACAACGGUUGAAGAAAAACUUGUUCCAAUUUUAAAAUUAGUCAAGUCUAGGGAUAUCCCACAAUGCCCAGCUUUAGAUUUUAUACAAUAUUAUUACGAGAUAAUCAUGAAUUACUGUAUGAACAUUGGUUAUUAUUUGCUCAUGAAGUCUCGUCGUAUUCCAAUUCAAAAUCAUCCAAUUAUGAAACGCUUAUUACAAUAUCGAGAAUUAUUAUGUGAACAAGAUAAACGGUAUAUUUCAAUAAUCUUGCCACAAAUUGACGAAUUAUUGUUAAAUACAACAUCAAUAAGUCCAUCUCAACUUCCGGUGAAGCAAAAACCCAAAAAAUUAUUAAAUAUUUUGACACAAAAGCCAAAAACAAAUAUUCCUGAAAAAGUUCAAUGUAAAAAAGUACAAACUAAUAAAAGUCAAACAAAAGAAUUUAAUGAAAAAGAAAAUAGCAUGGAUGAAAGUGAAUCAGAAAAUGAAAAUAGUGUAAAUGAAGACGAAAAUCAAAUGACUGUAGAUCAAGCGUUAACAACUGAUGAAAAGCGUGGUAUCACUUAUCAAAUAGCCAAAAACAAGGGUCUUACACCUCGUCGUAAGAAAGAACUACGAAAUCCAAGAGUAAAGAAUCGUAUGAAGUACAGAAAAGCUAAAAUCCGUAGAAAGGGACAGAUCCGUGAGCCACGUACAGAAUUACGUCGAUAUGAUGGUGAAAUAUCUGGUAUCAAAGUUAAUUUGGCUAAAAGCAUAAAAAUUAAAGUCUAGUUAUCAUUAAUGCAAUUAUGAUUCUAGUAUUGUUAAAUAUCAAUUUUUACAUGAAUAAACUAUGUUGUAUUUUAUAAA